UUCUACUUUGUCUGGUACUUUUAGGGGGUGGGAGUCCACUCCUCUCCGUCCCUGACGUGUUUUACUGCUGAGAAAGGUUGUUCAUUUUAAGUGUGGAAAUGGAUGGCAGAUUGGACGGAACCGAGCGGAAACAGAAAAGUGUUGUGAUUCAGGAAGGCUGGCCUGGCUACAAUUUGGAGCUCUUCAACUACCCGGAACAUUACCAUGGUGACAUCGAGAAUGUUUACAUACCACACGGAGUCAUAAUGGACAGGAUAGAGUCCAUAGCCCGAGACAUCCUGGAGGAUUUAGGCCAACAUACCCUGAUGGUGCUGUGUGUCCUGAAAGGAGGCUACAAGUUCUGUGCUGAUCUGGUCGACUCUAUUAAAGCUCAGAGCAGAAGCACCAACUGUCCACUCACUGUCAGGGUGGAGUUCAUCCGCCUGAAGAGCUACCUGAAUGACCGGUCCACUGAAGACCUGCACAUCACUGGACCUGACGACCUAUCCGUACUGAGAGGAAAGGCUAUAGUGGGCACAGGGAAGACCAUGAUGUCCUUGCUGAAGCAUGUGGUGACCUUCCAGCCCAAGACCAUUAAAGUGGCAGGCCUGUUGGUGAAGCAGGGACCAAACGGUGCAGCCAUGCUUCCAGACUAUGUGGGUUUUGUCAUCCCUAAUCACUUUGUUGUGGGUUACGCGCUGGACUACAACGAAUACUUCCGAGACCUCGACGUAAGACCUUCAGUCCCUAUAAUGAGUGUGUGCGCGUUUGAGCUGAGAGAGAGAGAGAGAUAGAGAGAGAGAGAGAGAGCUGCCCAGUUUUACAUAUGCAAAUUAGUCUCCAGCCACUUACAGGUGUCUUGGGGUGACAGUCUCAAAAUGCAAAUUAGAAAUGUUUUCAUUCUCUGGCUGGUAAGAACAUGCAGUUUGACACAGAUGAGGGAUACGUGUGAUCAUGUAAUUUACAGGGUAGGUAGCGAUGCUUAGCGUAUAGAUGAAUAAAGAGAGGUCUUGAGUUCAAAUUCAUAAAAGUUCAGAUUCAUAAAAUAAAAGUCCUUCACAGCAUUUGGU